AGCUCAGUCUGGACUUAAGUUUCAAUAGAUACAGUGAAAGGAGAUAGUUUAAUGUGCAACAGAUAUCAACCUUGAUUAUUCUUUGUCGAAACAAAAUGACAACUUUUCAGCUUGAGAUAAUUAUGAUAUUAUUUUCACAGGAAUUAAUUUCCGCGGAAAGCACUAAAAAACCAAAUAUCUGUCAAGAAGUGUUGAUUGGUUUAAGCAACUGUUGUGCCGGCACGACCUGGGAUGAUCACCAAAAGGAAUGUGUUCAGUGUAAUCCAGGAUUCAGAGGACUCAACUGUUCUGAACAUUGUCCCCUCGGCGUGUUUGGAAGACGAUGUCAAUCAAUAUGUCCACAGGAGUGUCAGCAUUGUCACCAUAUUACUGGGGGAUGUCUAACAGAACAAAAUGAGUGUGAUCCAGGAUUUAGAGGACUCAACUGUUCUGAACUCUGUCCUCGCGGCGUGUUUGGAAGACGAUGUCAAUCAGCAUGUCCACAGGAGUGCCAGUAUUGUCACCAUAUUACAGGGGGAUGUCUAACAGACCAAAAUAAUUGUGUUCCAGGAUUCGUAGGACACAACUGUUCUUUUCGUUGUCCUCGCGGCGUGUUUGGAAGACGAUGUCAAUCGAUAUGUCCACAGGACUGCCAGGAUUGUCACCAUAUCACUGGGGAAUGUCUAACAGACCAAAAUGGCAUCAUUCCUAGGACCAGUGCAAGUUGGAAAUGGAUUCGAGUCAAUAAGUUCAACAGCAAUUGCAUUGAAAAUUUGCAAAAAGGUUCAAUAUUUCUUAAAGAAAGAAUUGCCUGUUUAUGAACAAAUCAACGAAAACCAAACCUUGCGAGAAACUACUCUUCCGAAAAUGGGAAACUCCUCGUGACAAGACACGUAGCUUGGUGUCUAGAACUUGGUGGUUAAUGAUGACACCAUGAAAAACUGAAUGUUUUGAGACAUUGUUUGUUUCACUAAAUAUUGUGAAUCAAUCAGAAAACUUCAAUGAAUUGUAUAUUAUACAGUGAUGUUUAUACAGUGUACAUAUUAUGAUCAAGUAUAGUGUUCUCGAUUCCACAGUGAUAUUUAUUGAAAACACUAACAUGUUCAAAUAUUUAAGGAAAAUCAGAAUACAGAAUUCCUGAAUAAAUUGCUGUAUGUAUAAAA